CAGCGCGGGGUCAGAGCACCGGUGACAUGACUGGGGAGGGGCCCCGCGCUUGGGCCAGGGUGGAUGGGACCGURCCCGUCUCGGACAGCGGAAGGGUAGCGGCUGUAGAGCUCCGGGACAGCGGACACACACGGCAGAGUCCAGUGUGGUUCCUACCCUGAAGAAAACCAUCAGUGGUGAUGCUGCAGGAGAGGUCUCACAUGAGGGCCCCUGAUGGGAAGGGCAGCUCUGCGCUUCUGUAGCUGAUGGGAGAGGACAACAGCUUGGAAACACGAGCUACCAAGAGCUGUCAGGAUGAGUUACAGCACACCCUCUGUGCAUGAUUUGAAUCACAGCACCCCCAGCACAGCCAAGCCAGAGCCAGGGACAGCUCUGGAUGUGACUGUACCAGAAACAGCCACCAUAAGCCCUGAGACAACCAGUUUCAACAGCACCAAAAUGCCAGAUGUGGCCAGCACUGGACCAGGCAUGAGCACCAUGCUGCUCUCCCUUGGGAUCAUUACUGUGAUUGGCCUGGCUGUAGCRAUGGUUCUGUAUAUCAGGAAGAGGAAGAGGUUGGAGAAGCUACGGCACCAGCUCAUGCCCAUGUACAACUUUGAUCCCACCGAGGAGCAGGAUGAGCUGGAGCAGGAGCUGCUGGAACAUGGGAGAGAUGCAGCAUCUUCCCAGGCAUCGCAGAGCAAGGUGCUGCUGCCCAGUCAGGGAGCCCUGCAGAGACCCAGCCGCCUCGUGUUCACAGACGUGGCCAACGCCAUCAAUGCAUGACCGGGACCUGCUCUGCACUGGCAUCCUGCUGAGAACCAGGAGGAUGGAGCCAACCAAAGCAGUGACUUCCCUCRAGCAUGGCUGAUCCACUGAGCCCAGCUGGUCACCUGUUGGUUUGUUAUAAAUGGGCACAGAAGUGCCAUCACUCUGGGAAGCAGACCCUUUGUAAGGGCAGUGGUGAUUUUCUGGUGUGUCUGUUACCACUAAAAGGUCCUGAGCUCAUUUCUGGGCUGGCACUGCCUGAUAGCACCUGUCAAGCUCUGUGCUUAGGAACAGUGCCUGCUUUGUGUAGAUUACCCUUCAGAGCACAGGCCUGUGCUCUCUGGGUCAGGGAAGGAGAGAGGGGCAUUUCACAGACCUCCAUUGGCUUUGUGUGACCAGGCCCCAGGGAAAGUGAUGGAUGGGCAUCUCUGUGCAGUGACCACAGCUCUGGCUGGCCCUGGAGGGGACUGGUGGCAAAGCUUCUUUAAGCCAGGAGAGCUGAUGCCCCAGCUGAGUGGUGAGCUGGGCCACCCAGGGAAACACAGCCAUGGGGUUAUCCCUUCACAAGUGUGUGGCUGCUGAUAAACAUGCACCGAGGUGGUGUUGAAGCACAGGGAAUUCACUGGCUUUAAAAACUGAAAUGGUGAACACUUGGCCUGUWAACUGAGGAAGUGGCUGAAUAUCCCAAAUUAGAGCCACUGUAUAGACAGAAGGGACUUCACACAGCUAGAGGCAGGGACUGUCACUGUCUGGCUAGUGAUUCCCUGCUGCUGAGCUAGGAAUAACAGUGCUUGGGCCACAAAGGAGUUGAGCAGAAUUGGGGUUCCAAUACCACAUACCCCCUCCUGUUUUGGCUCAGGGAAGUUUCUACAGUGCUGUGUGAUCCAGAAAAAAAAAAAAAGAUUAAGCUUUGAAAUAGUUUCUUUUAAAAAAGGAAAAACAUAUAUUGGCUCAACAGCCCAAUGUCUGCCUCCAGAGACAACUAACAGCCGGUUUGUACUUCCUUACCUGCCAGGAGCUGCAGUCAGAACCUUCUCUUCUUCCUGCUGAAGGGAACACAGAGCUUUGCGUUAGCCUCUGCUCGAGUUACCUGCUAGGAACAGGUAGGUGGGACUAGACAGGUAAGCCAGGAGUUUCCCUGUAGCCCUGAAGCAUCUCUCUGCCUGUGCAUCCUUCAGGGCUGCAGGAGGAAGAGAGUGCAAAGGGGUCUCUGGCCAGAUUGGCACGUGGCAGUGCAGUGUGGGGACCUGUUCUCUGCAAACCUUUUGGUGGGCACCAGCCCCAAGUGCUGCAGACCAGCACAGCAGCCAGGGACCAGCAUCAGUGCCCAGCCAUGCACUGAUCACCUCCUGAUCUUUGUGUGGUACAGGCAUUUGGCAAUCAGACUGUAUUCCAUCCACAGCACCAGUUAAAAGGGAAUCACGGYGAGCCAAAAUGUAGAUGCAGAGAUAAAGCUUUAUGGAAGGGGAUGUUUCAGAGUGGCAAUUCAGGUAUUGUGCUUUGUUCCAAGUUUGGACCUGACAGUUUUUGUCUUCCCAAAUAUUUUGUUUUCUUCUCCAGUGUGAUUGUUUUUCCCAUAUUCAUUAAAUGCAGACUCUUCUGUGGGCACAUGCCACUGACCCCUGCAGCACACAGCUCCUUAYAGCUCUCUUCUGCUGACACAUGAUUCCCUCAUGGCAGCUUUGCAAGGCUAAGUUGCUUUAGUUUUUCAGUAUCCAGCUGUCUUUUUAGAACUAGGGUGUUCUGGGAGUAUAUUAGGAAUGGGAGUGUGGAAAACAGCCUGGCCCUCAKAGCCAGGAGAUGUGGCAGGAGGCACUCCCAGGCUGCUGCUGUUUGCCCCAGGGAUGCUGCUGGAAGGAAGGUGCAUGGGUACAAAUACUCAGUGUAAUGCAGAUUAGGUCCUUAGAAUUUGGAGUCUGUAUGUAGCCCUAGUGAGCAGCAGAGAGACAAAUACAUCCCUACACACACAAACACACACCAUCUCCUCCAAGUGCUCCCUUCAGCAGCUGGCACAUCACUGCCUGUCAGCUUUCCAUGCUCUGCAGCAGCACAGGGAUGCAAGUGGCAGCAGGGAGGCACAGCUGUCACAAAUKGCAGCAUUUUCCCUACAACUCCUARGAUUGGAACUUCAGUGGCUGUUUCAAACUCAACAAAAGGCAAGUGGGAGCUGAGCAGUUUCCUCAGUGUCUCACCCCACCGUGUGCCCUUCUCCCAGCUCUGUGUGCUGCAGGGGGAGCUGCCCAGCAGUGCAUCCAACAGUCCAGGUGCAAACUGCACCUUGGUGCACGUCAGUACUGAGAUAAAUCCUGUACAACAAACAACUACCGAGGAGUUCUCUUGAACUAUUCUAUGAUGGGUAGGCUUUGUCCUGGGAUGACUGCCCUUAGAGUAAACAAGUACAGAUAAGACUAAAAGAAUAUUAGGGGUAAUUGCUGGGCUCAUACUGGAGUAUUCUUUUAGUUCCAUAGCACCUCCUCUCACAGUUCUUUGAAGUGUAUGUAUAAUUUAGCAGAAGCAKUAUGAUGUAAUUUAAUUCAAGUGUUUCUGUUUUAAAGCAUUGAAAUAUAAUUAAACUAUUUACAUGAAAAUCUAGUUUGAUUGUCUUUUU